AUGGACCAGAAAAGAUUUUCCCUGGCUCCCUGUGCCAGGCGGAACCAGAAAAAAGAAGUGUACGUGAGAGUGACCCCAGCAGAGGUUAAAUUUUUUGACACGGUUGUAGGGAGAGUGUAUCGCUUUCCAAUUACGGUUCACAACAUUGGUCACUGUAUGCAAAAGAUCCAGUUUGAAGAGCCACCAAAGCCACAGUUCAAGCUACUGCUGAACAACAUGGAAAAAGAACUUGCCGCUGGACUUUACAUGACAGUAAUGAUCGAAUACCACCCCGAUAAGAAUGAAGACGUUUAUGACCAAUUGAUUAUUAACACAUGUAACACCAAAAUAGAAAUACCUCUAAUGGGGCUAAUUCCAUCCUGUGACUUAGAUAUUCCACCAGAAGUUAAUUUUGGCUCAUUGGUGGCCAAGAGCAAAGUGCACUCUAAGGAGAUUAGUAUUCGUAACUUUGGAAAAUCUCCAGGUACAUUUUAUAUAGAGUAUACUGGUGGAUUUCCCAUUUUUAUUUCACCGGCGCGUGGUACUGUACAAGCUCAAUCAUCAGUGGCUGUCAAAAUAGAAUUCUGUGCUGAUAAGCCACUUACUGUAAAUGAGGUAGCAAGAGUAAGCUUGCAAGGGCACUCAGGUGUUAUCUUGACAAUUAAAGCUGAUGUGGUUGAGCAGAUAAUUGAACUGCUAAAUAUGAGCGCUGACAGAAGGAUCGAGUGUAUCCGGUUUGGUUCCGUUUUCUUUGGCACAUCUAGAAUCGAACAUGCCCUUUUGUAUAACAAUAGUCCAGAAGCGAUAAAUUGGGUGGCUAUCAUGCAAGACGAUGCUGUCGGAGAAGAACUGGGAACAAAUGUUCGCCAAAGAACUGAUAUUGCUUUAAACAACCUCACCUACAUACCUAAAGCAAAAGCUGCAGAUUUGACAUCGUUUAUUUCCUGUAUUCCUAAUGAAGGCUUUUUAUCACCUUACGGAAAGAUUGAAAUUACAUUAUGUUUUAGCCCAAAAUUAGUUGAUGAUGGCAAAGUGGAUAUUGAUGCAUCACACCGUCAAGACUAUGCUCUGUUCUUGAGAUUUGAGUCUAUAGGAAGUAAAGAUAGUUCUUUGAAAGAUUAUGACAAUGAAAUGAGCAAAAACCAACUAUUUCAGAGAUUGGAAUUAGCCGUCACAGGCUCAGGACUCCCUGUGUUACUACAGUUUGAUCCAAAGAUCCUUAAUUUUGCACCAUGUGUCAUGGGAGAACACUCAGAGAUUCUUUGUGUCAUGCAAAAUCAAUCCCAAUCACUCCCAGUGAUAUAUCGCUUUCAAAGAAUAGCGCAUUUUAAAAUUGAUCCUGAAAAGGGUAAGAUUGAUGAAGGAUGUAUUCAGAAUAUCACAUGUUCGUUUACUCCACGCCACAUUGGAAGCUUCAAAGUGAAACAAACCAUCGAGAUUAUUGGCCUAGUGGCUGAUAAGUCCUUACAAACUUUAUCUAUGAAACCUUUUCAUUAUAUACAUUUAGAUUUCACCAGCGUCUGCAAACCUCGGAAUAAGAGAGUUUUGAUGAAAAUUAAUCCUGGUAUUUCUCCAUUGAUCAGCAAUCCAACAGGACAAUUUGUGAUAGAAGAUUUUGCAAAACGCAAAGACUUUGCUCCUGUCGCAAUGCUUCAGUCAUGUAAGACGAAUCUUCAUACACACCAGGCAAAUAAAGAUGCCGUAAAGCAUGCGCUGAUAGCCUUUCCCAAUGAUCGAGCUGCAAGUAUCAGGCCUGGAGAACCAUACAAAGAUUUCAGGACUAUAUUUACAAAAACCCCUAGGCACUACUAUGUUGAUCCGGAUUUUGCUUAUACUAAAAUUGAAGAACUGGGGAAGCGAGAAAAUGAAAAUUACUAUGGAAAAUAUAUAAAAGAUUUAAGAUGUGUGCGCCUGAAGAAACAAGCAGAGAGGAAUUCAAAAUAUUCAUAUGAUGACCUAAAUAUAGGCUUGCAGCCGGGAUCAGGCCUUAAAUCUCCUGUAUUAUCAGACAAUGAAGUGGAAGAAGAAUCAGCUCCAAAAGAAAUUAAAGAGGACAGGUUGCUAAGUACCAGGAACAUAGCAGACAAGGAAGAAGAAUCUCUGCGAAAGAUUCUGCAUGGACUGAAAUCAAACCCGUCUACACCUGAAGAAAAACAAGAUUGCAGCUUAGCUUUGACACCAAAGCAAAUUCAUCAAGUAGUCAUUGGGCCCUCCAUCCUUAAUUAUGGAGACGUUUGUAUGAGAUCCACAAGUACUCUAACAUUGCAUAUUAUUAAUAUGCUACCAGUGCAUGUUUCGGUCCGAUUAGAUAUUGAUUUUCAAGAACUUCAGAAGACCAAACAGCUUUCAUAUGUGAUUCCACCUAAAGCCACUACUUACGUUUCAAUGAUGUUUCAAUCACUCACACUUGGAAAAUUUUGCAAAUCUUUCACCUUUAGAGUGAACAACAAGCCCUGUGGGCAUAUCCUAGUGAAGGCAGUUGUCCGACCAGUAAAACUUGAGCUAUCUGUGAAUGAUAUCGUAUUGAAACCACAUGGCUUCUGUAUAAACUCAGGCUUUAGGGCGACCGUUCAGCUACUUAAUAGCCAAAAUUAUUUUGCCCGAUUUACAUGGCGUUUGGUGGGCGAAGACAAAGAGGUGGCAUUCACAGUCUGUCCUGCUGAAGGAAUUGUUGAAGCAUUUUCAACAUUGGAAUGUGAAGUAAAAUGGAAACCGAGUUUUAGUUCCCCAGACAAAGGAGAAUUUAUUAUUCAAGUUCAUGAAGGAAACACAAUGUCACUAAAAUGUGCUGCACAUGUAGGGCACAGUAGGGUUGUGCCUUUGGAGCCAAGAAUACUCUUCAGUAAUAGUCCCCAGGGUUUAACAAGCUGGAGGAGAACAGUUCUUUAUAAUGAGGGACAAAACCAUGCUUAUUUCAAGGUUUGUGAGAAGAGUCUUUUGCCUAUCAUUAGUAUUGUUCCAUCAGAAGGAAUAAUUCCAUUCGGGGGAUUAGCUACACUCAAUAUAUCCUGCACACCAAAGAAAGCUGAAAAAUUUGAUUCAAAAGCAAAGAUUGCUAUUCGCCAUUCAAAUGUCAUUGAACUGAGGAUUGGCGGAUCUACUGAGAUUGCUGACGUUGAAAUUGUCCCAAAUACAUUUAACUUCUAUGGCGCCUAUUUGUACGGUAUUCAGAGUAUUCCAUUUGAAAUAAGAAAUAAAGGCAUAACCCGUGCCAGGGUGCAGAUUGAUCUGAAAGAUUUUGAAGAUUUCACCAUGGAUUUAAAAAAUAAAUCAGCGGACUUUUCAGAUCCUGAAUUUCCAGCCAUAUAUUGUUAUGAGAUAAAGGAAAAUACAGCUUUAGAAUGCAGCCUAUCAUUUUCUCCUAAAGAAGUGUUAACAUAUAACUUUAUCUUUCAAGUUAAAGUUAAUUACAUGGAUGCGUCAGAAAAUUACCUUAAAUUUGGCUUGCCAAAUUCUAAAGUUCCAAGGACAGAACCACUUAUCCCUCCAUGUUAUGUUCAGGCAACGGUAUUGCAAGAAUCAGUAGAAUUUUCCAGUCUUGAUAUAAUGUUUGAAAUCCCAUUGCAUGCUUUAGAACCUACCAAGAAAGUGACAAGAUCUCAGGAAAUUCUUAUAGAGAACAUUUCAAAACAGAAUACCAGAUGGACUUUGGAUCUUAGUGACACCGGAAGACUUUUUAAAGAUGGCAUAUUCAAGUUUAGUGCAGCGACUGGGCAUCUGAAGCCAUAUGAAAAAUAUAGUAUUUCUAUAUAUUUCUCACCAAAAAUUCCUAAAAUGUAUACUGUAGAGGUGCCUAUCCUUUUAAAUGAUAAUCCAGUCUGCUUUCGCAAAAUGUAUAUUACUGGAGAAGUAAAGUCACCCAAGUUAUCGUUUGAUCCACCAUUUGUAUUUUUUACACCUGUUCCUUUGGGUGUGACUACUGUUGUGGACAUCAAUAUUUUACCACAGAACUAUUACAGUGGAAAUUCAACACUUAUCAUUCAGGUUCCAUCUGAAACAGUUCUGGAAGAUGAUGUUUAUCCACUUGCGGUAAAGUUCCCCAAAGGCAAAGUCAUUCAAGGAACUAGAGGUGGAAUCAACAGUAAAAUUCCCUGCCAACUAAGCUUUAGAUCAUCUAAACCGGUGUCAUUUUUCACUAAAAUUCUUUUUGGUGAUAGCAACAAAAACUGGUUUUCUCUACCAGUAACUGCAACAGCGGAUAAUUGCAUUCUUACUACUUAUCCAUAUAUGGCAUAUCAUCUUGAUAGCCAAAAAAUUAUUAUAAAGAGUGAUAAGGAAGGGCUAUUUAUGAAGAGUAGAAGCAAUAUUCGAUUACCUUCUGCAUCAAGUAAAGUUACUAGUAAAGUAAAUGAUUCUGAGCCUACAAGGAGAAAAUUCUUUAUUGGAAUGGAAGUAUCGUAUGAACAUUUGAAAUUUGACAAAAUUCAAACAUUAAGAAGAAGAGAUGAUGGGACUGUAAUUAAGGAGAAGAGAACCAAACAAUUCUUUUUUCCUGAAGAAGGAUCAAAAGCAUUUAAGUUCUUCCAAAGCGUUGUGAAUGCCACUGAGAUCUGGUUCAGUCUCUUCGGAUGGGCUCAUGGGCCUCAUACCCUUUCUAUACCAGAAACUUUAAGAAGGGAUGUUUUUAAAAUACAAGUAUACUCGUCAAAUAAAUUCCAUAAAAAAAUUAGCAAACAACAUGACUUCUCCAAACGUAAUAAAACUAUAUAUGAUGUGCUGCUCCACUUGAGUGGAAAACUGCCACCUGGAGUUAAUUUAAGCCAGUCUUUGCCGAUGGAUAACCCAGAACGAUUGAUUCAGCUUCAUUUACAGCAUGCUGCACUUCUCAAUUACCUUGCGACACAUGGAGCGUAUAUUUCUCAUGUGUUGCCAGAAUUUCUGUUUGAACCAGACGAUUAUAAGACUUGGAUUGAAAUUACAUCUUCUAGUACUGUUCAGCCAAGUUCUUGUACACCAAAGGAGAAAAUUCUUGUUAUUGAUGCUGCUGACUUUGAAGCCUUGAGUAAACGGGCAUGGACAGACGUACUUCUUCAGAUAUACAAGGUGUUGGUUUUGUCUCGAGUUACGCCACACAAGGGCAGUAGUACACCCCCAAUACAGUCACAAAGUACACAGCGAGUGAAUCCGUGCUUUAUAUCCAGUAAUGUAUAUUCUACUUCUGAAAGAAUUCUGCUUAGUUGGCUGAACACAAAUUAUGAGAAUGGCCGACAUAUUGUAUGGAAAAAAGAUCAUAAGAGUGUUAUUCCUUCAGAGAAGUGGAUAAUAAAUUUUGAUAAAGACCUUAUGGAUGGCCUUGUUAUUGCAACACAGUUGGCAGCAUAUUGCCCAUUUUUGAUUGAUUCUCAUUUUGUAAACAUGUACUUACAACCAAAGAGCCAUGAACAAUAUCUACACAAUUCCCUAAUUAUUCUGAAUGCAUUUAAUGAAAUUGGAUUUGACAUGGAUUUACAAGCCGUGGAUAUAUAUGAUCCCAACCCGAUACUAAUGCUCAUGCUUUGCAUUUACAUGUAUGAAAGACUCCCAACAUACCUUCCCCAGAAAGUUGUGCCAUUUUCUUGUAGUCUUCAUGAAAGUGCGGUCACACAGAUUCUACUGAAAAAUACAAGCACAAAAAUCUUGGUUUACAGUGCUUUAAUAGUUGGAAGAGAUGCUUCAGACUUCUCACUCAUAGAAACAGGGAAUAUUGUGACAAUUUCUCCAAAGAACCAAAUUAAUAUUGCUAUAAAAUUUACUAGCCGAUUUAUUCACCCUGCUGAAGCUUCUUUGAUAUUGAUCUCAAAACCCAAGGAUACAGUUGCAGGUGCAACCUUAUGUUUUGGUCUCAGAGGUGACAUUCUCAAUUUUAAAGACGCUGAAACUAUAAAAUGUAGCAGUCCAUGUUAUCAUUGGAAAGAAAUCGUUUUACAUGUUAAAAACCCCUUCGAAACUGAAGGAGUUUUCAAUGUUAUAUUAGUGGAGUCUUCAACAUUUGUAACUGCACCGUCACGCUUAAAUGAGUCUGGACAAUUGACUAACCGCAUGAGCCAGGGGGAUGCUGGAAGAACUAGUGAAUAUAGAAGUUCUGAAUGUUUACAUAAUCCCCAACAUACCUUAAAAACCUCAAUUAGAUCCACCUUUAUAAAAGAAUUCUUUUGCUCCAGUCGUACUCUUGAACUGCAAGAGAAAGAAUGCACAACACUAGAAUUCUUUUUUCUUCCUUUUGACAUCCACGUGCGCUAUUGUGUCAUCAUCUUGAGCAACGCAAAGAUUGGUGAACUACUCUACAUUGUUGAAGGACAAGGUUUGAUGCCUUUGCCAUCCAGGUUUUUCCCAGUGAAUUGUCCGACUCCAAUAGACUACAGUGAAACUCCAGAAGAAGUGCAUAGUAAGGAAGAACCAGUUUUGUAUUUGAACUGCAAUCCUUUUCAAGUUGUGGAUACGGAGCUUAAAUUGCCAUUGGCUAAUGAAGCCAGAGAAAAGGCUUUGGUUUUUGCCGCACAACAACAAAUGUCAGAGCUUGAGUAUGAUCGAAGGACAAUCACGGGCACUCUGCAGAGCAGCAGUGUUCGAGUGGCCGUCGCCAUCCUGGGACUGACUAUGAUUGAGACUUGUAUGCUGUUUAGUACCUCAAAGCUGAAGAAGCCGAAGUCGAUUUUGUAUACAGCAGAAGCUAGCCUUUCAGAAUAUUUCCAUAUCCCCAAGACAAUCUCCAUCCCUCAGAUUUCAGAAAAUCCAGAUAAACUUAAAAAACUUAAGCCUUUAAGUGCUUAUGGGUAUGUUUCAGUUCCGUUCCAAUUUGCUCCAGUUACUCCUGGACGCUUUCCUUGUAAAAUUUCGUUGACAUCAAGGCAGGAUAUUCGUGUCUAUUAUGUUGAAGGUAUAGUGAACGAUAGCAAAGCAGAAGCCAAAUUUGAGUUUGAUACACCAGCAUUUGAACCCAUUACUCAGAAAAUUCCGGUGAGCAAUAAUACAAGCAAAGAAUGGAAAUGUAUGGUUACCAUAGAAGGAGAAGGGUUUCAAGGACAUCCUGUUGUUCAUGUCCCACCAGAGGAAACUAUUCAGUAUAUUCUCACAUUCAGUCCUAUUGUGGAAGGUGAAGUUAAGGGAAAGCUUAUCCUUCAAAAUGAGAUCGAUGGUAUGAAGCAUGUCUUUGAACUAAGAGGGAUUGGACGGAAACCUCGGGCUGUAGAGAAAGUCAUUGUAGAAUGCCAAGUAGGGGAAAUAGUUAAUAAAACUAUAAUGGUGACCAACUACACAAGAAAUCCUAUAUCAUAUAAGUAUGGUAUUCUUAAACCUACAUUAAGAACAUAUUUUUCUCCCUCAGGUAAUGAAAUGAACCAUUUAAAAGUCUGGUAUUACCUUGAAAUCCACAGCUCACCUGGACCACCUUUAAGAGUAAUUGAUGUUAGAUGUGUUGCCUUGGAAACGAUUUGUAUCGAUAUACCUCUCACAAAUCCAAAAUAUAGAAUUGUUCAUAUGGAGGUGAAAUUACCCAAUGAUGCCUUUAGUGGACUCAAGAGAGUUUCAUUGAAUCCUCAAGAAAAUAAGACCUAUCGUCUCAGAUAUUCACCAGCAGCUUCAAGUCAUAGAGAAGAAAGCAUUAUUUUUCAUCCUGAUGUAGCACUGGAGUUCUGGUAUUUACUAAGAAUAAAUACUGAAUCUCCAAAAUCAACCACAAUGCCAGAAAUAAAAUGUGAACUUGGGAAGUGUGUCAUGCAGGCCAUACCCUUGACCAAUCCUACACAUGAAACAUUAGAGAUUGAAGCCAAAAAUAACAAUCCUGGAGAUUUCAUCCUGGAUGUUGAUCCAAAAUGUCCACUCAUCAUUCAACCUUACACCACCUCAGAAGUGCCUGUGUACUUCCAUCCUUCUGGGCUAGGCAGAAUGUCCCACAAAGCUACGAUCAACUUCAGCUGCGCCCAGUUCAAAGAUUGGAAAUUUUACCUCAGUGGAGUUGGACUCUUCCCCGAGCCUAUGAAAAUAGAGCAUAUUACAACAUUUCUCCAUCUUCAGUCAUCAGUUGUUAUACAUUUCACAAAUCCCACCCAUGAAGAUGUUUUCAUCAAUGUUUCGUUAUCAAAUCAGGAAUCAUUUGAGGCACUCAGCCUUGAUCCUUACUGGAACGACUACUUUUAUCACCAUUCUGCCUUUAGAUUUAGCUCUAUGAGCAGUCUACGAGGGCUUGUACUGUUUCCCAAAGGAAGUAUAGAUAUUCCAGUGUUAUUUGUCCCUCGAAGUAUGAGAUUAUAUAAAACAAUGGUCAUCGUUCAGGUGCUGCGAGCAAAUGGGAAAUAUUGGUCGGUUGACAAUUUUGAUGAGUUGGAUGAGGAGACAAUAAGGACAAUGAGACUAGACGAAGGUCAAGUGAGAGCUAUACACUGGCUAUACCCUAUUGUCGGACUUCCACAGGCACCACUGCCUAAAGACCCUGCAGUUGUCAUAAAAUGUCAAGCCAAGAAGAGGGUGGAGGAAUUGGUGGAAAUCUCCAUGACAGGCGAAUUUUUUGGAAAAAAUCCUCUCAAAUGUAUGACAGAAAUUAUAGUGGUACCAAGAAGGCCCACAGCUGAUAAUUACCAUGAUCAUAUCGGCGAGGGACUACGUGAAUUCCGGUAUAAUAUUGAAUAUGAAUCAGAAGCUAUAAAGGCUACCUUGGAAUCCUGUAUUGCUUUGUAUUUGAUCAAAACAAUUCAUCAUAUUAAUUCUGAAACAAUAACAAUGAUAUUCAAUAUGGUAUUUUCACCAAAGAAACCAUUGAGGACUCAAAUUAUACUGAAAUUAGAGUGCCCAAAAGACGGGAUUUGGAGUUUUCCCAUAAUUUUGCAUGCUACGGAGCCAGAUGUGGACGAUAUCAUUAACAUUGAAGGGAUUGGUUUAUUUAAGGAAGCUGUCGUCAACUUCACUCUGACAAGCCAGACAAGAAAUACUGAGCGGUACACAGCAUAUUUCCUGCCUGGCAGUGACCUAGAGUUUUCUGUAAGACCUGAGGUUGGCGAACUCCCUCCUAACAAUACUCCAGGCGCUGUCAUUAAUGUGGGAUUUACACCCCAGAUGUACAGCAGGAAAUAUAAAGCAACAUUAGUAAUACAGACAGCUGAUAUGUACUGGUUGUAUGAAAUCAAUGGACUACCUCAACGUACCAUACGGCCAAGGAAUGUACAUGCCAAAAUUGAUUCUUCUAACAGGACAUACAACCGCAGGAGAAUUCACAGACGCAAUUUUCUGCGGGAAAAUGCAAAUCUCACAAGUACAGGAGUAUCCUCCACCAUUAAGGGUGCUCCGUUGAUUCAUAAGUCUAAAUAA